CAUCAUCUCCUUUCAAUUGCUUCCCCUCCCUCGCAAGAAGCGCAAAUUCCAAAAAUUUCCUCCAAAGUCCGUUACCUAUUCGUAACAAGCCCGCAGCCCGAACCGAGAUAUAGUUGGUCCCUUAAACCCUGAAUCUCACUGUUCCCCGCAUCCUGUACACUAGACGAGCAAAAAUCAUGGCAAGACGCUGCAUAUCGUUUUCGAGGACUCUUCUCUCUGGCAGCAGACCAUCAACAGUCAAUUCCUCUCCAAGUGUACGAUCCAUUCUCGGCCAGCGCCUUCAAUCUCGCCGUUCUCUUUCCACCAUACUCACCAAGACUAAUGGAAUACUGGGUUGCACCCAAUCGCUGCUACCGCUUCACAGCGCGGUGGCAGCCAGCCGUCUAACAUCACACAUCCAAAUGGAGGCGAGCACUUGCUGCCAGCUGUCUCAGGGUACUUAGAUGCAGUGCGUAUUAGCUGGAAAAGCUGCUGUAACAAACAUUUUGGAGGAUUUUCGGGUGAAAUUUGCCCUGGAAUGCAAAGCUGUAAGAUCUAAAUUUAAUUUGCUUUCCUAGUUAUUUUUGGGCUGAUGUUCAAAAUUCCAGAAUACUCGAAACUCCUGAAAAUGAUAAGUCUCUAGGAGAAACUUAUCACAGUCCUUACAUCUCUUCAUUUGAAGUACUAUUUGGAUUUCUUGCUUAGCCAUCACUUAUAGGAGUUAGAUGGCUGAAAGCUAUGGAAUUACUGCGAAAUCUUAUUUUGGGACUUACUGCUCAUGUUAUUCUUUAACAAAUAAAUUAAAUUUACAUCUUUUUAAAAUGA